UUUUAUUUUCCUUCCUAUUUUGUUCAAACAAGUAAAAAAAAACUCCUAGAAAUGGAUUCUCUCAAAAUUUUCAAAGGAUAUGACAAAGUAGAACACAAACACGACAACCUCGAAGAUCAACAAAUCCAACCACAACACCACCUUCACAAAAUCUCCAAACCCCUCAUUACCACAAUUUCCAUCAUCAUCAUCACCAUCCUCUUCCUUACUCUCACUUUAUCUUUCACCCUUUUCCACCACCAAACCAACACCGAGUCACAAAACCCCCUCAACUCACCCAACUCAAUCCGAUCCAUCUGCAACGUGACUCGCUUCCCUGAUUCAUGCUUCACCGCUUUAUCUUCCUCAAAUCAAAACCCCACCGACUCAAAAACCAUCCUCAAACUCUCUCUUCGUUCCUCCAUCGACGAACUCACCAAACUCGCAUCGUCGCUCGGAGCAAACUCCAACGGAAACGCGCUCGGUGAUUGCAAGGAACAGAUUGAUGACGCGGUGAGUCGACUCAACGACUCAGUCUCGACGGUUACUAACGGCACCGUGAAUUUAACGGAUGUUGAAAUUAACGAUAUUCAGACGUGGGUUAGUGCCGCGUUGACGGAUCAAGAAACGUGUGUUGAUGGAUUGGAAGAGGCUGGGUUUUCUUUGGGUACUGUUGAUAAGGUAAAGAAAAUGAUGAAGAAAUCGAAUGAGUAUACUAGCAAUAGUUUGGCUAUUGUUGCUAAUAUACGCAAUUUGUUCCAUUGAAAAAGUUUUGGGUAAAACCCAUUUUAGAAGCAUUAUCACUUAUGCUUCUCACUAAGUACCAAGUGAAAACUCAAAUUAAUUUUGGAAUUAUCAAAAUAUCAUUCUAGUUAGUUUAGUCUUUCACGUUGUAAAUGUUAAAGACUAUUUUGACUAAGAGUUAUUACCAUGAUUCGAGAAUUAAUUUGAAUUUGAACGUGCAAAUUGUAACUUUAUGAUGUAUGUAUAUAUUUGUUGGGAUUGGAUUUGAGGAAGCCGAUAAAUCUCCUCUGUUUGUAAUUGAUUUCUUCAUUUCAUACUUUGUUAAGAUUUUUUGGUUUUGAUUUAUUGAAGUAACCAUCAAGAAACCUACUUAA